CAUGAGUCAACUUCCUGUCAGCAUUUCGUGUGAAAUUAAAUGGCGGCUGAGGAAAAAUGGUACUUUUCAAAAGAGCUAAUAGCAAGUACCCCAAGCAGAAGAUGCGGGAUCGACCCUGACAGAGAGCUUUCCUACAGACAGCAGGCUGCGAAUUUCAUCCAGGACAUGGGACAGCGGCUCAAAGUUACGCAACUAUGUAUCAACACAGCGAUCGUUUAUAUGCACCGAUUCUACAUGUUCCACUCGUUCACGGUGUUUCACCGCAACAGUAUCUCCACAGCCUCUCUCUUCCUUGCAGCAAAAGUAGAGGAGCAACCUCGGAAAUUGGAACAUGUCAUAACCGUGGCCCAUUGGUGUUUGAACCGGGAGGGAAAACUAGACACAAAGUCAGAGUUGUAUCUUGAAAAUGCGCAAGAAUUAGUUUUCAACGAAAACGUCCUGCUGCAAACACUUGGGUUUGACGUCGGCAUAGACCAUCCACACACGCAUGUAGUGAAAUGCUGCCAAUUAGUACGAGCCAACAAAGAACUGGCCCAGACAUCCUACUUUAUGGCGUCAAACAGCCUGCACCUUACAACCAUGUGUUUGGAGUACCGACCAACCGUAGUCGCCUGUUUUUGCAUCCACUUGGCGUGCAAGUGGUCGAAUUGGGAGAUCCCCCAGUCUAAUGAAGGAAAAGACUGGUACUCGUAUGUAGACUCCACUGUCACCUUGGAACAGUUGGAGCAACUGACUGCAGAAUUUCUCGUCAUCUAUGACAAGUGUCCGUCUCGACUGAAGAAAAUGAAUAGUAAGCGAAAUGAGGAGAGCUACGAAUUGAUGGCAAUGGCAACAAGUCAUUCUUCCAACAUGCCAGCGGAAUUUGAGGCGCGGAGAACAAAACCAACCAGCAGUAGUGCGAGACCAGAUAACCCUCUGAUGCAGCGAAGUACAGAAGACCCCAAAAAGCCACAUCCUCAUCAGUCCAGGGUAGACUUCCAGCAAUACAAGGAGAAGAAGCAGAGGGAAGCUGCUGCGGCCGCCGCUGCAACUGCUGCUGCUGGAAAGGAUGGCCGACCUGCCCCGCAUCACGGUCCCCGACCCCCGGUGCCGGCCACUACCACCGCUGCUCCUCCUUUGCACCACCCAAAUGCCAAGAGGGAGCAGAUGAAGAGAGAAAUGGUUGCCAGGGAGCGUGAAAAGGCUUUGAAGUCAAUUGAUGGCAGAAGAGAUCUACCUCACCCUCGGCUGGGAGACACCGUGCCUUCUGCAGAAGUCAAACGAGUCCGAGACGAGGCUGACUCAACGCAAAAACGAGCUUUUGAAAGUGGCAGUGGGCUGACAGAGUUGCACACAAAGCGAUCUCGAGAUGAAUCUGCACCUGCUCCGCACCACCAACUAGACCCGAGCAGAGCGAAUCACAUGCACCCUUCGUCCCACGCCAUGAAACGCUCUCGGGACAGCAACGGCGCCUCCGAAUCAGGGUAUCCUCCUGUAGUGCAGGCCAAGCGACCUCGAGAGGGCACUGACCCCAUGAUGGACCUUCUAGAACCUAAUAAAAGACCCCGUGAGCCAACGGACUCAACGCAAGUAAAGCAAGAACUGACCGAAUUUGACAGCAGCCUGACCAUUAGUAGCAGUAGAGAUAAUAAACUGAAAUUCCCCUUCCAAGAAGCUGCCAAAGCGCCGCAGACAAAAAUGCCUCCCAUUGCUGGAUUCUCCACAUCAGCCUCUCAAAAGCACUUCCAUCACAAGUCCGAGAUGAACCGACCACCGAGCAGCAACGAAUUGGACAAGCUGAUUCCACUUCUGAAACAAGAACUUGCCAAGGAGAAAUCUUUUGAGUCACAACGGCCGCUUGGCAUUUCUCCCUUUGUGCAACGUUCCAAGUCUCCCAUGGAUGUCAAACCAGAUGUAAAGUCGCCUGAAAUAAGCAGGAAAAUUGCCAAUGUCAUCUCGGGCCAUCCUUCCAGCCACUUAUUUUCACCUGAGGACGACCGAGAGGACUCUGCUUUACCCUUGGACGUCUCCUUCAGUCUGGAGGUGCCGGUUCUUGGCCACCUGGUAAAGAACCCAAGCCCCAUGUCCAGGCAACACCACCAGCCCAAUUCUUCUCAAAAGCCUCUAUCUCAGGAACUGACUCAGCCAAACCUCAACCAGACAAAGAGUCCAGUUACCCCAAGCAAACUGAGUUCGGCCGAGAAAAGGAUGAGGACGUCUUCUAGCAGUAGUGGCAGUGACCCUGCGCUGGUACCUGUGGUUCGAAAGCUGGAUGAAACUCCAGGCUUCCAGUCUCUUUUUAAGACACAAGGCACCAUCAAGCUGGAAAAAGAGGCAGUGGCUGUUCCGUUGACUCCUGGAAAGGACAGUUUUGCGCCUAUUGUCAAGAAAGAAACAGAUCUGAAGAGUCUGCUGGCAGAAUCUAGCGCCCUUCCAGCCGUUGCCUCGAAUUUAAAGCCUGAGCCUGUCCCGAGCAUUUUUGAUCCUGCCGAACCAUCUCCACUUGCACCUGCUGAUAUUCGGAACGAUCACCACCACAAAAAGAAAAAGAAGGAAAAACAUGGCAAGAAAGACAAGGAGAAGAGCAAAGAGGAGAAGAAACACAAGCAUAAAAAGAAGGACAAAUCGAAAGAGAAACGAUCGGCCGACGAGGCCACUUCUUCUCCGGUUACUGCACCAAUCAAACUGACCAUCUCGAAAGAGAAGCUGGACACGCCCUCUGUGGGCAGCAUUAAGAUCAAAAUUCCCAAAGAGAGGCUGAAGGUUGAAGAAUCGCUGCCGUCGGUUACGCAGAUGAGCAGCUCGGGUGGCAUCAAAUUCAAAAUCGGCAACGAACUGAUCAGCGAGCGACGGCUGCCCGAAUCGUCCGAUGCCAAGAAGCGCAACGACAAUGGCCAGGCCUCCCGCGGCCGCGGCUUCAAGCAAAACGGUCACCAAGACAGCCGCAAGGUUCCUCUGAAGGGCGAGUCUGGUAGCUUACAUCCUUCUCCCGGGUGUCGACAGUGAGUCAAACCCUACACAUCACCUUCAUUCAGUUAUUGCCUUCCUCGCAAAUUUCGCAAAAAUCCAGAACCAAACUCAAAAACACUGCAUAUUUAAUUAAUACUACUCUUUAUAUACAAAAAACCUUCAAUCCGUGCAAUAAGUGAAAACGUAUGAAUGCGACGAAUCAAUCUUCUUCUUUGGCAAUGUCAAGUCGCUGCGUUUUACAAGAAAUUCCUACUACCACCUCAGCCAGCCAGCUAAAACGCAUAAUUGUGCAUUGCCGCUUAUUUAAAAAAAAUUGUGCACAUCACUCUGCUUAAAAAUGCUAUAUUUUUUUCAAAAUCUGACUUUGCUUCUUACUGAAACUAACUUCUUAAGUUUGCUAGUCGACAUAUCCAAAAAAUUAGACAGCAUUCCCAAAAAAUCAGUCAGCAACAGGCAAGUCAGUUGAGAAAUAGAAAACCGAUCGGCAGAAUUGUGCAAGAAAAGAAGAGAAUUAAUUGAAAAUUAAGGGUAUUUUUGUGUGUUGCAACGCCCUGAAGUGAUACGAAUUAAUUUUUAUAAUUAUCCCUCACUGGAAAGAAAGGUGGGGUGUCAAAAAGAAAUUUGCAAAGAUGUAUUUGGUGUGAGAAAAAAUAUGAGAAAUUUGUACUUACUGUGUAAGGAAUAUUUCGCAUGGAUAUAAACUGCCUCAUCAGCAAUGCUGUACAUAUAUUUAUAAUAAUCAAAUACGAUGAAAAUGUUUUUGUACCAAGAACCAUCAACCACACUGAUAUGCAUGUAAUUAUUGUAUUUUCACUUGUCCCGAAUUAACACCGUUGUCGACCAAGUUUUAAUUAUUGUCAUGAAAAGUUUUAAUUUCGUAACAAUUUGCUUUUUGUUCAUGCAUUUGUGCAGAAGAAUAACCUGUUUCUCUCAAAACAAGCAUUCUAAAGGGAAUCAAAACUCUGGUGGAAAAGUUUGCGAAAUUCACAUUGUGGUGUUCUUCAGUGCAAGCAUGAUAAAAAGAUAUUCUGUAUAUUUUAAAUCGUGAAUUGAAGUACAGAAAUUAAUAUAAUUACUCGCCUGCACUGAAGGGCACCACACAAUAAAAAUAACACAACUUGAGACUGACUCAUACUGAUAUUGUCUUUAGUGGAUCCUCCUCGAAAUUGCAGUAAUAAUCAAUCAUCCGACAGAGCGUACUUAUUCUAACACAUUUUAUUUUCAAAAAUUGAUUUAUGCACUGUAAGAAAUUUUUAUAUCUGUGGCAGUUUGUUGUUGAAAUUUCAAGUUUAAGUCCUGUCCUAAUAUUUUAAGGAGAAGUGUUUUGUUAAGACAGGAUCACAAGGCGUGGAGACGUAUAAAUUAAAAAAAUUCAUGCCUUCCAUUCUUCAAAACCGUUAUUUAUUUGUAUCGACGUGUACAUAAGUCAUCGUCCAGUGUGGUUUCAAAAUGUAAUUUAUUUUUCGCCUAGCUUCGUCCAACACACAUUGAGUAAUUAAACGCUGUUCACUCUCCAUAAUGUAACUGCGCUGUUGAAAAUUUCUGAAGGAGUUCCUCUGUUGUUUUUCUGCAUGAGUUGUAUAUGGGAUUACGGCAGAAAUCAAUAAAAAAAAGCUCAAAUAUAUUGUACGUGACUAAUGUUAUUUAAAGAUAAAAAUAAAUACAGUAAUCGUAAGGCAUAUUGAAACUUACAGAAGAAAUUAAUGAAUGCACUUAACUGUAAAUAUUAAUUGAUACUAAAGAGGAAUUAGCCGUACGAUUCUUAACUUAAAACGAGAAAAAACACUAUGCCCUUGGCAAAAAUUAGAUCACAAGCGCCUGGCCCAUUUAUCUUUGAUCAAUGUGACGGUAUUAAAAACGAAUAUAAAAGGAUGAUCAAGUAUAGACUACAUCAGUUGUUAUGAUUUAAGUUAAAUAAUUGAAGGUGCUGAAGCCGAAAUGUUCGGUUCAGCCAAAAAUGUGUUGUUAUUGAGAUCAAAUAGUUAAUGUAAUAAAUAAAUUGAUCCAUUGUGUGUAGUUUUACACAGUUUUGUCUCGCUUUAUUCAAGAAGUUUUGUUCUCUGCGAAUCAUUUUGAUAAUUUCCAUUUUGUGUUUGUUGCAAAAAUGAGAAAAAAAUUUAUAAAACAGAAAACCUCAUUUCUUUGGAAAAGAAAAAGUGUCACUCAUUGUGUCUUAACUCAUUUCCUUAUUGUUCGUAGAUGUCACUUCAGAUUUGCGAAUUAUGAACCACGAUUCCAUAUGUCUCUUUUCAAUAUGUUUUGUUAUCUUUUAGCUGUUUCAUUAAUAAAACGAAAUUUCGUGAUCGAUUUUCAAAA